UGCGCAUUAUUCAAGGCGAUCGGUUCGGUUUUGUUGUUAAUUCGGAUUGGUGAAAAUGUUCGGUGGAAAGCUUUUCAUUUUUCUUCUGGGACUUGGUGCAAGUUUAGGUCUUAAUGCAGUAUACGUGAACAACCAUAAGAUCGAUAAGUACGAAGUCGACAAGAUCAAACUGCUGAGUCCAACACAGUCAAGUGGACAUGUGACAAAGAACGAUCUGAUCACAAAGGACAAUUUUACGAAUCCCCUGCAUUACUAUCAAUAUUUAGUGGGCAACGAUCCCGGUGGUUAUGUAGAUUUAUUAUGGGGCAACAAUACGACGCACUUACCAACGAUCUUUCGCGUUACAACGACAACGGAGCCAUCAACUACGAGUACGGUGAACUACGCGGAUGACUUGUCACCUGUUUUGAAUACGUUGAACAACACCACUCCUAUCUACAAGGGAGACUAUCACGUGGAGCAAAUUCAGACAACUACGGCACGCCCAAUGAAACGGUUGAAAAAACCUACCAAGAAACCACCACCAGUAGUCAAGAACCAUACUCAAAUUUCCCCGGAAACUCUGGAGCUGUUACGAAAGUACUUCACCAUGAACUGUACUUUACAAAAACCUUCAACAACUCCAAUGACAAAGACGGAUGUUAGCACGAAAAAGCCUAAGGUGAAGGACAAGAAGAAGGGGACUAAACCGCCGACGUUGGCAACUGCUGCAGCUACCACUUCACCCCGGCCAGCGAAGCCAGUCAAUAAGCAAAUAAAGUCAUCCAAGCACAAGAAACCAAUCGAGCAGAUUGUCUACGUGGAUCCACCGGUGAUCUCCUCCAUCAGCGGAGUUCUGGAGAGUAUGUACAACUACAUGCAGGAUGCUUUCGUCAGUACCGAGUACAUUUCGAUUGAGGACGAUGAUCAGGAGCAGGAAUUACCGAAGCAGAAGUUGGCGAAGAAAGCGAAGAAGAUCAAGCGAAAUUUGGUUGAAGUGAAUGAAAAGGAGUUGGUUACUGCUCCGGUUGGAUUCACGUCCAAGCAAUAUCCGGGACAGGAUGAUUCGAAGCGGGUGACGGUGGGUGGGAUUCCUUUGGGAGUGGGUUCCACUGGACAGUCGAACAAAAAUAAACUAACGACGAACAUUCAUGUCACUAGUGAGUAUACGCCAGCAACUCCAGCAACGGUGCCUUUUCUAUCGCAAGCAGUGAUAGAUGAUAAAGAUGGAAGUAGUGAAGAAAGUGAAUCGGAAGAGGAAAAUUACUAUGCAGGGUUUGCCAAUACAAGCUACGAAGAAGACGACGAGGAUGACGAGGGCAGUCAGGAGGAAGAGGAAAACAGUGAAGAAUACGGUGAAAGUGCGGAAGAGACAGGCAAUCAGGUUGGAGGUUUUGUGAAUGACAAAGAUUACGAUUAUGAAGAUGAAAACAGUGAUAUAGGAAACGCAGAACCUACAAAGGUGAAGAAUCAGAAGCAACCGUCUAGCGUUGAAGAAUACAGUGAUGAAGAGAUGGAUGAUUACGAUAGUGGAGAAGACAAUGGUGGUGGUGGUGGAGGGAAUUUUUUCUCGGGACUUUUUUCGUCUAUAGGAAGGUUCGUACGGUCUUUGGGAUUUGGUCCUCGAACUACGGUGGAGUACGACGAUUACGAUGAAUCGCGCGGUACAACCCCAAGGAUCGUUGAGCUGAAUAAACGGCCAACACGUAGUACCUCCGAUCAGGACGCGCAGACUCAAAUCGAGCGAAUUAACGAUGCUACUGAGAAGCAGCAACCUUGGUAUCACUAUCCACCGUAUUUGUACAACGAAAUUGAAGAACCGGAGGUUCAGCUUCCUGCAUUCGAUACCAAUACGGUAACUGAAGAUAACUCUUACACUGAUUGGUUCCAGUUCAUGAUGCCUUGGGAUUUCUUCAACCCAUGGAAUCCGUGGGACAAUGGACCUACUACUGAAAGUUCUGUUGAACCCCUUGAGAUAACCGUGGCACCAACGACCACAACGACCACCGAAUCGAGCAUCGGUUGGCUCCCGAAUCUCUUCGGAGGGGAAGCACCCACUCAUGCAGCCGCUUUGAAGCCAACUUCUCCCAGACCUUUGAUACCAUUCCUUCCGGCAUCGGAUCCUCUUCAAAAACCAGAAGCAUGGCUAGGUGUUCUCGCUCAACACGUGUUUACCACAACUAGGAAACCAAAAACCACCACCCAAGUUCCAUCGACAACUCACCUAACGAAGCCCACCAAGGUACACUACAGUGGCUAUCAGCUGUGGCGUGUCUAUCCAAGAAGCACUGAGCACCUUCGAUCGCUGGAGGACUAUCGACAAUCUCCGGAGGGUGUGAAGCUUCAAUGGUGGAAAGGACCAGCCCUCCGGGGAGCUAACGAUAUUCUUGUACCCCCGCAUAUGCUGGAAACUAUGGCCGAAUACCUGCAGGACGAAGACAUAACGAAGGAAGUCGUGAUUCGGAACCUGGGGCAAGCAAUUCUGUACGAGAACCCCAAGAUGACCCGACGCGAGCAGAUUGAGAUGGAGGUGCUGAACGGACACCCGCUGACGUGGUAUCGCUACCAUCGGUAUGGCGAUGUAGUGAAGUUUAUGAACUAUUUAGCGCGGCGAUUCCCGAAGAAUGUGGAAUUGAUUCACAUUGGUAGAAGUUUCGAGGGACGGCCGUUGACUGUGGUGAAAGUGCGGUACGAAGGGAAGCGAUCACUUGGGGGUAAAGUGAGCAACUCAAAGUAUAUGAAAGGGAAAAAGGCGAAUGCUGUGAAGCGGAAAGGUCAGCGCACUGCCGUUUUCAUCGAAGCAGGAGCCCAUGGACGGGAGUGGAUCGGACCAAGCGUUGCCACUUGGAUAUUGGAUUCGCUAGUGAAAGCGAUCAGCAGUAAUGAUACGGAGAUGGAAAACAUCAAAGCAAUGGAUUGGUACAUCCUGCCGGUUCUGAAUCCAGAUGGCUACGAAUAUAGCCACGAGUAUGACCGAAUGUGGCGUAAAUCACGAUCCAUUCACCGGGAUACUCAAAGUUCCGGAAUUCUAUCUACUGCUCUCAACUGGCUCCAGUCGCAGAGUUCCCUCUCCGUUGACUCGGAUAAAAGUUGCUUCGGAGCAGACCUGAAUCGUAACUGGGAUCACCGUUGGAAUCAGGAGGGUGCAUCGAAAUCUGCCUGUAGUGAGUACUACUCCGGGUACAAACCACUUUCCGAACCGGAAACCAAGGCACUCAGCAAAUUCUUGACAAACGAUCGUCGAAACAUCCAAAUCUAUCUGUCCUUGCACUCGUAUGGUCAGACGAUCAGCUAUCCGGAUCAGAAGCGAUCGAAGGGUUCGGAACAAUCCGGGGACGUGCACGAGAUGGCUGCCGUUGCUGUCGAAGCGUUGCGAGGUUCGGGAAGUCACGUUUCCUACCGGGUUGACAGCGAAGGUGAGAUGAGUUAUCCGAGUUCAGGUACGUCGGUGGAGUUCGCUCGGUAUGAAGCCGGAAUCAAGUACAGCUAUUCGGUAGAUUUGCCGGAUACGGGAACGCAUGGUUACCUUCUGCCACCGUCAGGUAUUGAGAACACCGCUAGGGACACGUUCGAGUUGAUCAAAGGGAUGGUUGAUUAUAUUUAG